AAUAGCAGAAAGAUAUCAGCUUUAGUAAAGGCAGAAAAUACUUUACAAAAACAUGUAUUUGAUUAUUGGUAUUUAUCUACAAGUCUAUGUAUGAUCCAGUCUGAUGGUCGUGGCAACUCGUGUUGUGUGUAUUUUGCUUAUCACAUGCCGUCUUGAGCAGUUCCCGUAUCCUUCUCCUUCCUCCACCGAGGGCGGUCGGUUCUGACGACUCCCUCUCCCCGCUCCGGGAAUUCCUCAUACCAACGAGCAAAGCAGCCAAGAUGGACAUUGUGAAUCAGUUGGUUGCGGGCGGACAGUUCAGAGUCCUCAAAGUUCCCCUGGGCUUCAUCAAAGCUCUAGAAUGGAUCUUUGCCAUCUUUGCAUUCUCAACAUGUGGGAGUUACUCUGGGAUGUUCAAGAUGAGUGUGGAGUGUAAAAACAGGACCGAGAGCGACCUGAGUAUAGGGGUGGAAUUUGAGUAUCCUUUCAGGCUUCACCAAGUAUACUUUGACGCCCCGACCUGCAAGGGGGGUCCACCCGAGCGUCUCUUCCUGGUUGGUGACUACUCUUCCUCAGCAGAGUUCUUCGUCACCAUCGGUGUGUUUGCCUUCCUCUACUCCAUGGCUGCGCUCAGCGUCUACGUCUUCGCCCUGGAGAAGUACCGGGAGAACAACAAGGGACCACUCAUCGAUUUUGGCGUGACGUGUGUGUUCACCUUCAUGUGGUUGGUCAGCUCAGCUGCGUGGGCUAAGGGCCUGUCGGAUGUCAAGGCGUCCACGGACCCUGAGAAGGUGGUGGAUCUGAUCUCAGCCUGCGACGAGGAGGGGAACCUCUGUCAUGAAGUUCACGACCCCGUCAUGUCUGGACUCAACACCUCCGUUUGUUUUGGCUUCAUGAACCUGGUCUUGUGGGGAGGAAACCUGUGGUUCGUCUUUAAGGAGACCGGCAUCAUCGCCCCCUUCAUGCGCGCCCCUCCUCCCCAGGAGAAGCAGCCCGCCCCAGACUCGUACGGCCAGCAGGCGGGGUACGAGCAGGACCCUUACGCCAGCGCCCAGGGGGACUACAAGCCAGAAUACAACCAGCAGCAGCAGGGCUACAACCAGGAGGGCGGAGAGUAUGGACACACACCCACCUCCUUCGCCAAUCAGAUAGAGUCAGCAGAGUGACGGGGGGAGGAGUGUGGUGCCUGGAAACUACAGUACCCACAAUGCCGCACUCCUUCCUGUGUGUCUGUUUGUGCAUCUAUCUGUGUGCUGAGUAAAUGGGGGACGGGGGGAGAGUUACCUAAACAUAAAGAAGUGAGGGAACAGGGAGGGGGAGAGAUUAGAUGUUAGUUAUUGUGGUGAAAAAAAGAGAGAAUAUAAACUUGAACAUAGUACCAUAUGAAAAAUGUUAUUAUAAAAAUACAUCUAUUUAAAAAUGGAUUAUAAUGUUGACAAUAGUAAUAUUAGAUUGUUGAGAGAAUGUAUUCGUAUGUGCUGUAUAGAUAUCACUAUGAACAACUAUAUAGACAAACAUUUUGUAAUGUUAACUAUUCUAAUGUUCAGAUUCUGAGUUUAGUAAAUUAAUCAUUUGUAAACAAUAAUUCUGCCAAACACUAAUUCCUCCUCCGUGCAACAAUAUGUACUUUAAAAAAAUAUAUGUUUUGAUACAAUUGUAUUUUAUUCAUCUGCUUGUUCUGUUGUGUCUCUUGGUUUUGUACAUCGGUUGGAUUUACAGAACAUCAAGGCAGUUUCAUUAUAUAGGCUAUCUCUCACUCUAUCUCUCACUCUAUCUCUCACUCUAUCUCUCACUCUAUCUCUCACUCUAUCUCUCACUCUAUCUCUCACAGUGAAAUAAAUCAAACAGUAGACCAAUACGUUUCUUUCCUCAGUCUAAAGCUAUAAGAACUGUGUUGAACAUGUAAAGUCCAUACAUCCCAGUAGGAAUACAGUAAAAUUCAUGCAUCCCCACUAGGAAUACAGUAAAAUUCAUGCAUCCCCACUAGGAAUACAGUAAAAUCCAUGCAUCCCACUAGGAAUACAGUAAAAUCCAUGCAUCCCAGUAGGAAUACAGUAAAAUCCAUGCAUCCCAGUAGGAAUACAGUAAAUUCCAUACAUCCCACUAGGAAUACAGUAAAAUCCAUGCAUCCCAGUAGGAAUACAGUAAAGUCCAUACAUCCCACUUGGAAUACAGUAAAAUCCAUGCAUCCCAGUAGGAAUACAGUAAAUUCCAUGCAUCCCAGUAGGAAUACAGUAAAUUCCAUGCAUCCCACUUGGAAUACAGUCAAAUCCAUGCAUCCCACUUGGAAUACAGUAAAAUCCAUGCAUCCCAGUAGGAAUACAAUCAAUUCCAUGCAUCCCAGUAGGAAUACAGUAAAAAUCCAUGCAUCUCAGUAGGAAUACAGUAAAUUCCAUGCAUCCCAGUAGGAAUACAGUAAAUUCCAUGCAUCCCAGUAGGAAUACAGUAAAUUCCAUGCAUCCCAGUAGGAAUACAGUAUGAGCUACUAGAGAAGCAUGGUUGAAUGUUCCGUCUAGUACUCCUGUUCAUGUUAAAUUGGUAUUUUAUGCAAGUUGGUUGGUUAUGAGUGUGAUCCAGACUGAGAUAAUCAGCUGUGCGUUGAGAUGAUGUUUGGGCAGAUGGCUAUGUUAAUUUCUAUCCCAUAGCAAUACAGUACACCUCUCUCUCUCUCUCUCUCUCUCUCUCUCUCUCUCCCUCACCCUCUCUCCCUCUCCCCAUCUCUCUC